CGCCCGCCCCCCGCCGCCGCGGCGAGGCUGGCGCUGGGAAGAGGAAGAAGAACAUUCGCCCUCCUCCUACCAGCGCGCGGGCGGCGGCGGCGGCGGCACCGGGGUCACGAACUCUGACCUUUCACUGACAAAAACAAUAACAAACCCCCCCUUCCCCGCGACCCCGGCGGCGCCCUCGGGCCCGCCCCCGCCGCCCCCGCUCCCACCUCGGCGUCUCGUCUCUCGCCUGCUGCCCCGCGAGCCCGCGGCCCCGGGGCUCCCGCCAUCCGCCGACGCCGGGAGCCCGGCCUCCCCGCGCCCUGCCCUCCGCGCCGGGGGCCUCCCGCCGCAGACACGGGACCUGCUUCGAGGCCGCUUUGGCGCCAAAUCCUGAGGUUCUCUAAUGAUCUUGCUUCACCAUGGCUACAAAUGUGGAGGGGCUGGUCCAGCACAGAGUGGGGACCCAGCAGGUGGCUGAGGUACCACGUCCGCAGACCUAUCGGCCGGAAUCUCCAGGGAUGACCAGCCCCUCCCCGCGCAUCCAGAUCAUCUCCACCGACUCUGCGGUAGCCUCACCUCAGCGCAUUCAGAUUGUGACAGACCAGCAGACGGGACAGAAGAUCCAGAUAGUCACCGCAGUGGACGCCUCGGGAUCCUCCAAGCAGCAGUUCAUCCUGACCAGCCCAGAUGGAGCUGGCACUGGGAAGGUGAUCCUGGCUUCCCCAGAGACCUCCAGCGCCAAGCAGCUCAUAUUCACCACCUCGGACAACCUCGUGCCUGGCAGGAUCCAGAUCGUCACGGAUUCUGCUUCUGUGGAGCGUUUGCUGGGGAAGGCAGACGUCCAGCGGCCCCAGGUGGUGGAGUACUGUGUGGUCUGUGGCGACAAAGCCUCGGGCCGUCACUAUGGGGCCGUCAGCUGUGAAGGGUGCAAAGGUUUCUUCAAGAGGAGCGUGAGGAAGAACCUGACGUACAGCUGCCGCAGCAACCAGGACUGCGUCAUCAACAAGCACCACCGCAACCGCUGCCAGUUCUGCCGGCUCAAGAAGUGCCUGGAGAUGGGCAUGAAGAUGGAGUCUGUGCAGAGUGAGCGGAAGCCCUUUGAUGUGCAGCGGGAGAAACCAAGCAACUGUGCUGCUUCAACGGAGAAAAUCUACAUCCGGAAAGACCUGAGAAGUCCUCUGAUAGCCACUCCCACGUUUGUGGCUGACAAAGAUGGAGCAAGACAAACAGGUCUUCUUGAUCCAGGGAUGCUUGUGAACAUCCAGCAGCCUUUGAUACGUGAGGAUGGUACGGUUCUCCUGGCCACGGAUUCCAAGGCUGAAACAAGCCAGGGCGCUCUGGGCACACUGGCCAACGUAGUGACCUCCCUCGCCAACCUAAGCGAAUCCCUGAACAACGGCGACACCUCAGAAAUCCAGCCGGAGGACCAGUCUGCCAGCGAGAUCACACGGGCGUUCGAUACCCUAGCUAAAGCGCUCACCACCACGGACAGCGCCUCGCCCGGCCUGGCCGACGGCCUCGACGCCGGCGGGGGAGGGAGCAUCCACGUCAUCAGCAGGGACCAGUCCACGCCCAUCAUCGAGGUCGAAGGCCCCCUCCUCUCCGACACGCACGUCACGUUUAAGCUGACGAUGCCCAGCCCGAUGCCCGAGUACCUCAACGUGCACUACAUCUGCGAGUCGGCGUCGCGCCUGCUCUUCCUGUCCAUGCACUGGGCGCGCUCCAUCCCCGCCUUCCAGGCCCUCGGGCAGGACUGCAACACCAGCCUGGUGCGCGCCUGCUGGAACGAGCUCUUCACCCUCGGCCUGGCCCAGUGCGCCCAGGUCAUGAGCCUCUCCACCAUCCUGGCCGCCAUCGUCAACCACCUGCAGAACAGCAUCCAGGAAGACAAACUUUCUGGCGAGCGGAUCAAGCAGGUGAUGGAGCACAUCUGGAAGCUGCAGGAGUUCUGCAACAGCAUGGCGAAGCUGGAUAUAGACGGCUAUGAGUACGCAUACCUUAAAGCUAUAGUUCUCUUUAGCCCCGAUCACCCAGGUUUGACAGGCACAAGUCAGAUUGAGAAAUUCCAGGAAAAGGCGCAGAUGGAGCUGCAGGACUAUGUGCAGAAGACCUACGCGGAGGACACCUACCGGGUUACAGUCCAGAUGGACAGAGCCCUGCCCUAGGCUUGUGUCCCUGCCUGUAGCCAUUCAGCUCCACCAGCUGAACUGCCGCCCUGGGCCCCGGGGCCCCCCUUCUGGCCCAGUGCUUCUCAAAGGACAUGACCCCCCAACCCGCUCGCCAGGAAGGGUAAGCAGCCCUCCUGGGUGGCGCUGAGGACCUUCCAUGGCCAGUAGUCGGGUGACGGGUGGUGCUGGGCUGGGGCCACGUGCAGCUUGCGCAGAACCGUUUUCCACCGCGGUCUCUAAAGACUUCCGCCUCCCAGGCGCCUGGCAGUGCGCUCCACAGAUUCCACGCAGCCACCCGGCUUGAGGGCAGGUUCAUUGUCUGAGACCCCAAGCCGAGAUGUCCCCCCGAUUCGCUUCUGCUGACUUCCUGUGACCCUUCAGCCUGUUCUGCUCCUCGGGCCCUGUGGUGGCCCCUAACCCUGUGUGCCCUGCAAGGUCAGAGCAGAGUCGGGUGGCCGGGCCAUGGAGGACGGUGCACGACUAACUGCUGCUGGAAUACUAUCAAUAUGUAUUUUUCAGAACAUUCUAGAAAGCCAAAAGGGAAGCAGAACUACUCGGUUAAAAAAGCAUUCCUCUGUCGUUAGGAAUUGAAGUCCGAAAGGCCCUGUACCUUUUUCGUCUCCUAUGAAAUGAGCUCCCUUGCUCGUCACCAUUUCCCUGCUUGUGACCAGGGAGGCUGCCGAGCUGUGGACACAGCCGGGUCCUAGGGGCGCGUCAGAUCAGCGUCCAGGGCCCUGCAGCCUGGCCUCAGGGCUUCUUCAUUUUGCAGAAAUGUUAAGCGAACCCAGAUGUUGAGGCAGUGCCAGGUUUUAGUAAAAAGCCUCGGAUCCCGGCAGGCAGAGCCCAGCCACGGCGCGGUGGGGAGCGGCUCCCGGCUGCUCCACGCCCUCCUUUAAUUCCUACUGGCCACGGGCAAGGCUGCCCGUCCUCACCCGUAAGCAGGCCGUUGUGUGAAGACAGGCACCAUGGCUGUCCUUCCGUGGGGCCGGGUGCCCUGGACACCAUGCUCCUGUGGGCGUUCCUCACGCUGGACUCCGUGAGGGAAGUGCCGAAUCGGGCAAAAAGAGGCGGGCGGCGGCGCUGCCCGUCUGGCCCCGCGAGGCUGAAGGCGCCAGCGCCCGUCUCUAACGCUGC